AUGGGCCCCCGUACCGCCUCCUCAUGCUGCUGCCAGGCCCGUAAUCUGCCAUGGGCCCCCGUACCGACUCCUCAUGCUGCUGCCAGGCCCGUAAUCUGUCAUGGGCCCCUGUACCGCCUCCUCAUGCUGCUGCCAGGUCCAGAGUGUCUCAUGGGUCCCUGUACGGCCUCCAUUGCUGCUGUCUCCAUCGCCACACUCUGCCAUGUGCCACUUUCAGGUCUCCUCACACUGCUGGUGGGUUCCAUUUUGUCAUAGGGUGCUGUAUGGCCUCCCAUUGCUGCUGCCUCCACCGCCACACUGUGGCUCCACACUCUGGUUUUGGCCCCGUGACUGCCCAAAUGAGUGAAGUGUGCGGUGAUUCUAAGAUCGACGGCACUCAUCUGCAUGUCAUACUGACUGACAGUAUUAUUUCUCUUCCCCAGCAGACUCCAAGGGCAUUUAAAUUAAAGGUACAGUGUUCUGCACUAAUAUAA